AUGAAAGUUUCAACCCUAACAGUAACCGCUCUUUUCGGCAGCAUCAGCGCCACUAUCAUCGGCAAUGAUGUCUUGGCUGCUCAAGCACUCGCAAAGCUUUCCAUCAAUGUUGCUCAGAACGGGUACCCCAACCCAGGAAAGUGUACACUAAAGAACGUUGCCGUUCGACAAGAAUGGUCGACGUUGUCAGAGCACCAAAAGCUCAACUAUAUCGAUGCAGUCAAGUGUCUGGGCAAGAAACCAGCAAAGACCCCAGCCGCGAUAGCAUCAGGCGCAAAGAGUAGAUUCGACGACUUCAUUGUCACGCACAUUCUGCAGACAAUGAACAUCCAUGGAACGGGAAAUUUUCUCAGCUGGCAUCGCUACUAUAUCUGGGUUUACGAACAAGCUCUUCGCAACGAGUGUGGCUAUAAAGGCUAUCUCCCGUACAACAACUGGUCCAAGUGGGCAGCAGACCCGCUCUCAUCACCUCUCUUUGACGGCAGCAAGACCAGUAUCUCCGGUGACGGCGAAUAUGUGGCUGGACGAGGAUCAUGGUGCAUCCCAAACGAAGCGCGCUGCAUGGUUACUUUCCAUUCAGCAAAUGGCGGGGGCUGCAUCAAGUCUGGGCCAUUCAAAGACUGGAAGAUCAACUUAGGCCCUAUCCAAACGACAGUCAAAGACGCCCCACCGAACCCGCAAGCCGAUGGCCUUGGCUACAAUCCUCGCUGCCUAAGUCGCGAUAUCAGCACACAAGCGUCGAACGAGACACGAGAUGAGAUGGUCGUAGACCUGAUCAAGAACUACCCCGAUAUCCUCAGCUUCCAGAACAAGAUGCAGAACUUCACUCAAGGGGUUAUGGGCGUUCAUAAUGGAGGGCAUUACACGAUCGGGGGUGAUUCUGGAAUGGAUAUGUUCAACUCGCCAGCAGACCCAGCCUUCUACUUCCACCACGGCAUGAUCGAUCGCGUUUGGUGGACAUGGCAGAACCUCGAUUUGAAAAGCCGGCAGAAUAGCAUCGCGGGUACUAUGACUUUCUUGAACAACCCACCGAGCCGCAAUGCGACUCUUGAUGACGUGCUCAGCGUGGGGUAUGUCGGUCCACCGAACAUCACCAUCAAAGACGCUAUGAGCACGAUUGCAGGACCCUUUUGCUACGUGUAUGCUUAG